AUGGGCUGUUCCUCAGCUGAUGUUGGCCAUCAAAGCCUUCUUUUGAGCUCCAGAUUGUAUCCACCGACUCCGCUGCAAGACCUCAUCAUGCGGCAGGCAGUUGCUCAAAAGGAGCGUCUUGUGCAGCCCGACACCGUCAACCCUGUGGAGGCAUUGCUUUUCCAGGGCCGGCGGUGCAUUAUGUCAGCAAAAGCUAGUCAACAUCAUGAUGCGAACGAUCUGAAGAGAACAGCUUCGGCUGUGGCAGAAGCAGCUUCAAGGCUAUGGCAAGGACUGCUUGAGCAUCUUGAACGGUUGCAGAAACAAGGCUGGAAGACGGUUUUUUCAAUCAAAAGACGCUACGACGAGACACCCCUUGGAGUGCGAGUUUCAGAAUCAGACUCCCAAGAUUUCUCGAGCACGACCAAUAACCCGGCCAAAGGAAGCCACAAGCGUGUAGGCAAAAUCAUGCAGUCAGAGAUGCAGGUGUCUGCAUUGCUGCAGCAUCCAGGCCCGGUGCCAGACACUGACAAUAGAUCUGCGGCCGGUGGUAUUGGCUCCGGACAGUUCCUGCAAAUCGUGGGCAAAGUUCCGUGUUGGCUCCAAUGUUUGAAGUCUACAACAGCUCCCCACAUUGCGAAAUCGCAGCAGCAGCUGUUGGCCAGUCUGAGGAAUUUGAGGCCCAUUGCAAACUUGUUCAAGAUGAAACAUUCUUUCGUAACAUCUGACAGGUACACUGGUAACCUUGCGGCCGAAAGGCACUUGCAGUCCUUGGAUCCAACAUGGGGCCUCACUCAUGUGUUUUGCCAUGUGCAUCAGUUGGCCAGCUGUGAGAAAGCACUAAGUGACUUGGUCGCAGGUCACCUUGGUGGUCUCGUGAGUUUGGGCAUGUGUUCCCGACAUGCAGGGGCCUUGAAGGAUCUUCGAAAGGCUUUGAUGGCAGUCUUUCGAGAGGACUUGUGUGUGAGGAUUGGGCCUCCGCAAGGAGAAACAUAUCGCAAGGCCAUCCACGACCUCUUCCUUCCACUUCACGAUGACACUUGCACCGCUGCUGAGCGUGAUGAGCAGAGCAAGAAGCAUCAGGUUGCGUGGUUGACGCGGUGUCGCCGCCGACAGAUCAUCAAUCAUUUUUUGAAUGGUGAUCUCCAGUCCUCUCAAAUCGUUCACUACGUGGACAGGCCGAGAGACAGAGCAACAGUCCUGCUCGAGAUCGAAGAGCUUCUCGUCCCGGCAAUGCUGCCCUCGCCCUGCCCAGUCUUGAACCGGUCCAAGUGGCUUGGGGCAGAGGCUGCAUUCAGCUGGGCCGGUGUGCUUCUCAGUCAUCACGACCUGCUGCCACGCAUGAUUCGCAAGUGGCGUCACAUCUCAGACUCUGCAGUCUCAGACAUGGCAGCCGAAGCGAGCGUGGCAGCAGGCAUGGUGACUGGUCUUCAAUGGGAUGAUUCCUGGGUUCGACUUGCUGGCCAAGAAGCUUCAAGGCACACCGGUCCUGCCGACUCUGGAGCAAGGCCACAACCCGAACACGAGCAAGAUCAGGACGAAGAGUUCAUGGCUCCGGUGGCCCGUGAUCCGCUCACGGGAGAUGUCGACUGGCAAGAGCACAACAAGGCGACGAUUGGCAAAGCAUGCGCCUGGACAGCGACCUCUCCAGCACAUGCGUUUAUCAUCGCUAAUGUGGUGUGGACCCCUGUCCUCAAGCUGAUGCAAGAAACUCUUUUUUUGGGGAGUGAAAGUUGGGACAGAAAGCAACAGGUUGCUCUCGCAGACGGCCGAGAACGCUGUUUUCGGGUAGUGGAGCUCUUCCAUGGCACGAGUCUGAACAAGUUUUGGGAUGCCUUGGAGGACUUGUUCCAGAACGGCUCCCCAGCUGUUCCGGUUGGUGCUUGGAGCGAAUCCAUGCGGUGCCUCAUGUUCCGACUUCUCAGCAGGGCAGGCGCUGCGGUGUCCCAGAUCUUUGCAGCGCAACACAAGAUGUCACCCUUCGUGCUCUUCGGUGCUCUGGCUGGCAAGUUGCAGGAGCUCAAAUCUCUGCCUGUCUGCAUGCGAGAUGAGCUGACUAGCUUGAUUCUGGAGAAGUUCCCGGAGGACGAGGACCUCUUGGGGAAUGAGUGCCAGAAUGUCCUGGCAGCGGCAGCUUCCCAGAUUGACUCGGACAUCGUCGGGUUGGAAGUCAGACAUGCGUCGGUCAGAAGGGUGAGCAUGCUGCGAUCCUGCCAGACGUGGACCAUGGACUUGGAAUCUCUGGGUGCCGAAUGGCUGUUGAGACAGCAGGUUAUUCUGAGGGAGCCGAAGACUCAGAAGAUCAUGGUGCCAUCGAAGAAGAGAAAGAAGGAGAAGAAGAAAAGAGUUUCCAAAGGUGGCCCAUGGCGAGCUUAUCUGCAUCUGCACUGCAGGGGACAAAAGCUGGACACGGCAAAGAUCAAGGAGGCUUCUGCUCAGUACCAACGAAUCAAAGCCGCCGGUGGAGCUCCGUGGGAUGAGCUUGUGAAUUUGGGCUUGGUGAUGCUCCUUGCUGGCCGUGCCGGCAAGAAGGCAUUCAAACGAAAACCUUCGCUCAGGAGACCACUGUUUCGACUUCGCCAGUUCCAGCAGUCUGCUGAAGUGAAACGCUUGAAGGAACGGUUGGCCGAGCUGAAUGCUGGAAGCAGGGCAUAUCACUUUCAUGCGAAAUUUGCGAAGCUCUUGCGGCCCUACCUGUUUCCCCCUCGGUCCAAGUCCAAGCAGUCCAAGAAACAGCCGCGAACGAAAGCACGCCUUGCAAUGAUGAAGGGUUUCCUGGUGUUGCAGUUGCAUGAGUCCCUGCCUGGCGUUGAUGAUGCUCAGCCCGUGCAAGACCUUCGACACUGGCUGGUUCGAGCAGAGGCGGUGGAGACCUUGUGUGAGCGUUUUGGUCCUUGGGCCCGAGUUGCUAGACAGCUGGCAGGUGAAGAUGAGCAUCAACCACGUCCUGUGAAAUUGAAUGUGGAGUCUCCCCUGACGUUUCGCCGCUGUUUGGAACACUUCAGUGAACAGCUCGAUUUGCGGAAAGUCUACCAUGCGACAUUCUGGCUUUUGCAAUCAGACCCUGAGCCUUGUUUGACCUCGCGUGAAAUGGCACCACGGCAUGUCGAGGUGGCCAAAUACAGCUUUAUUCCAACCAUGCAGGUCUGGAAAGGGCAAGAUCGAGAGGCACAGGAUCGAUUGGGUGAGGCCAGGCGUAAAGAGAAGCAGGAAGGCUUCGACACAAGCACCAUCCAACAGGUUGCGAUUCCGGCCAAAGAAACCAAAAACAGGUUCCAGCAGAGCGAGGAGUCUCCGGAUGAGGACUUUGCGCACGAGCUUGCUGCGGCUGCAGUGCCACAGCAGCACCCAGUGGAAAUGGCGGAGGGUGAUGAGGACUCUGAGCCCUGCGAGAUUUCGGAGGCCGAGGAUGAUGUGAACGAACAACUUGAGGAAGAGAGCCAGCCAGCUCCUCGCGGCCUGCUGGUUCCGAUGCUCGUCCCGCUGCUGCAGGAGCAGAUGCCGAACCAGACGACACAGCAGACGACGUUCCCCCAGCUGGCAGGCGACUGGGAGGUCCAAAGGAUCUACAUGGUGCUCUUCCGCAAGGACAAGUACCGGCCGGAGGAGUGCGUGGACUUCGAGAGUUUGGUUCAGGACUUCACGGAACGGUUGGCUGCCAAGCAGCCCGUGAGCACCGAAGAUUUGCUUUUGAGCAAAUUCCAUGAUCUAUACAAAGCCGAAAUGCAGGAGGAGCUGGCGACCCCGGCGUACGCAGAACACCCACGAUCUGGAGUUGGUCGCUUGCUGCAAUGGGAGAAGCAAGCGGCAGUUUGGAGGGAUGAGUUGAAUGUGUCACCAUCUUACAAGCCUUUGGAGAAGCUCGGCAUGGUUGUGGAAGGGUUCGUCUCUCGCAAUGAGCGUGUGGAUUCCAUUCUCAACUUGGUAGUGGCUGAGAAAAUUCACGAGUUGCCUCACAAGAACAAGGCGGCAAUCAUGAGUGCCAUCAGCAGAACUGUCGUCGACGUAAGCCAGAAUCCAGAUCGUAGAAAAUUCACGACGGUGAGUGGUGUGCAACCUACCUUGACAUGCAGCUCCUACUUGGUUCAUCUUGGCCGAAUGCGCAUAGUGCUGCCGUGCGAGCACUUAUUCUGGCAGGGUUACAACAAGGAAACUGUGUGCUUCCCCGACAAGAAGGUGUGCAGUGGCAAGGCCAUCAGAACUUUGGCGGGAGAAGGGAUGUUUCUUCCUAGCCUUGGGCUCAUUGCCUGGAGCCUGUACUUGAACCAGCUGUUUCGAGUGGAUUAA